GACUACGACAAAUGGGAAGCAUAACUCCCUGUGAGACCGAAGAAAAAUGGGAAUUGAAGUGGGGGAGUCCUCCGGCGCCGAGACUAGUAGCAGAGAAGAUGCGGAUCCUGGUACCGCCCCAACCAGUACCUCUAACCCUAUACGCCGGCGUUUCCCACUGGCUGCUCAGCCGGAGGUGAUGAGAGCGGCCCAGAAGGACGACCAAUAUGCUUCUUACGUCUACGAGGCCUGUCGUGACGCCUUUCGCCACUUAUUCGGUACAAGGGCUGCUAUAUCGUACCAGAGCGAGACAAAGCUUUUGGGUCAGAUGCUCUAUUAUAUUUUAACAACAGGGGCAGGGCAGCAGACAUUGGGAGAAGAGUAUUGUGAUAUCACACAGGUUGCGGGAUUAUAUGGACUUCCUCCAACACCAGCAAGACGUGCCCUUUUCAUUGUCUACCAGAGUGCAGUUCCCUACAUUGCCGAAAGAGUCAGCUCUAGACUUGCUUCCCGUGGCAUUGCCUUGACCGAGUCACUGUCCGAUGAUCUACAUGGGGACACUGCUCGGAGCAGCCAAGGUCAAGAAUCUGUGGUUCAAGCUUCUUCUCAUUUACCAGUAGUUCCUAUUUCACGUUUAUCAAGAUUUAAAGAGAAAAUUGGUGGGCUUUGGUUAUACACAGUUCAGAGAUGGCCUGCAGUGCUUCCCUUAGCUCGUGAGUUUUUGCAGCUGGUUGUUCGUGCUAAUCUUAUGUUCUUCUAUUUUGAAGGUCUAUAUUAUCAUAUAUCAAAGCGUGCAGCAGGCAUUCGUUAUGUUUUUAUUGGAAAGCCGAUGAAUCAAAGGCCUAGAUACCAAAUAUUGGGCAUGUUCCUAUUGGUUCAGUUGUGUAUUAUUGCUGCUGAAGGAUUGCGGCGUAGCAACUUAUCAUCUAUUACAUCUUCAGUUCAGCAUACAUCUUUAAGGGUCCACCAAGCAUCAGCAGGUCGAGGUUUUCCUGUUUUAAACGAAGAAGGAAAUUUGAUUACUGAAAAGGGUUCAGACUCCAUGACAACUGCAGAGAGUGGGAUCAGCAAAUGCACACUCUGCCUUAGUAAUCGCCAAAAUCCAACUGCAACUCCUUGUGGUCAUGUGUUUUGCUGGAACUGCAUCAUGGAAUGGUGUAAUGAAAAGCCCGAAUGCCCUUUGUGUCGUUCUCCUCUAACUCAUUCAACCUUAGUUUGUUUGUACCAUUCAGAUUUUUAACACCUAAUUAUGCCCCGCUUGAAUCAAAAGGAAAAAGACUACUGGAAAGCAAAACAGUUGCUUUGAGAUGGUUGUGUACCAGACCAAAAAGGCAGGCCAGAUCUCUCUCAUGAACCAGUUGCUUAUGUCUCGGAAGCUUUUAUAAAUUUUCCUGGCUCCUUUGCAUCAAUCUAAAUCUCCUUUUUUAUAUUAAUUCUGCAGGUUAUGUUCUAUGUAAGCAUAUUUUAUAGUGUAAAAUUAUUUUUACAAUGAUGGUAAAAAGUGGAAGUCAUAUAG